AUGGAAGGCAUCAAGAAGACCUUUGCCAAGGCUAAGCAGGAGAAGCGCGCCGCCUUGGUAGCGUAUUUCACUGCCGGAUAUCCCACCGUCGAGGAGACUGUGGAUAUCCUCCUUGGCUUGGAAAAUGGAGGCGCUGACAUUAUCGAAAUGGGAGUGCCCUUCACUGACCCCAUCGCCGACGGACCGACAAUUCAGAAGGCUAACACCAAGGCAUUGGAGAACGGCGUCACAGUCACAACUGUCCUUGAGAAGGUCAGGGAAGCCCGCCGUAGAGGUCUCCAAGUGCCGAUCCUUUUGAUGGGCUACUACAACCCUAUGAUGCGUUAUGGUGAGGAACGUAUGCUCAAGGACUGCAGGGAGGCUGGUGUCAAUGGUUUCAUUAUGGUCGAUUUGCCCCCUGAGGAAGCUGUGCGUUUCAGAGAACACUGCACCAGCAAUGGCCUUUCUUUCGUCCCCCUCAUUGCCCCCGCGACGUCAGAGUCCCGCAUGAAGCUCCUGUGCAAGAUCGCCGAUUCUUUCAUCUACGUCGUUUCGAGAAUGGGCGUCACCGGUGCCACCGGAAAACUCAGCGCAAACCUUCCUGAGCUUUUGUCUCGUGUUCACAACUGGUCUGGCAAUGUGCCAGCUGCCCUAGGGUUCGGUGUCAGUACUCGCGAGCACUUCCUGACUGUACAGGAUCUAGCCGAGGGGUGUGUUAUUGGUAGCCAGAUUAUCACGGUCUUGGGUCAAGCCCCUGCUGGUCAGGCGGCUAAGCAUGCCGAGGAAUACCUCUCCAGUGUUACCGGUCGCAAACUGGAGAGGGAUGCGCAGGGUGCAAUUAUACGCCAGGUCAAUGUGAUCGACUUCGUGGAGAAGAAGGAGCAGCAGGCCAUCUCCCAACCCACAGCCGUUGUCACUGAUGUCGAUGCUCCUUCGGGCCCGGGAUUGGCCGAUCAACUCGAAGCUCUCAAUGGCGGAAACCCUUCUGCGCAGCCACAGCGUUUUGGUGAGUUCGGUGGACAGUAUGUUCCCGAAUCCCUCAUGGACUGCCUGGCCGAGUUGGAGCGGGGAUUCGCAGAGGCUUUGAACGACCCCAAGUUCUGGGAGGAAUACCGUUCUUACUACCCAUAUAUGGGCAGACCUAGCAGCCUUCAUCUUGCCAACCGUCUUACAGAGCAUGUUGGAGGCGCAAACAUUUGGUUGAAGCGUGAGGAUCUUAACCACACCGGAAGUCACAAGAUCAACAACGCACUAGGCCAGAUCCUCCUUGCCCGGAGACUGGGCAAAACGAGAAUCAUUGCUGAAACAGGCGCUGGCCAGCACGGUGUUGCUACUGCGACUGUCUGCGCUAAGUUCGGCAUGGAAUGUGUUGUCUACAUGGGUGCAGAAGACGUUCGCCGUCAAGCCCUGAACGUUUUCCGUAUGAAGCUCCUCGGUGCCUCUGUGGUGGCCGUUGAUGCUGGAAGCCGUACCCUGCGUGAUGCCGUCAAUGAGGCCCUCCGUGCCUGGGUUGUUGAUCUGGACACCACUCAUUACAUCAUUGGCUCUGCAAUUGGACCUCACCCCUACCCAACCAUUGUGCGUACGUUCCAGUCCGUCAUUGGUGACGAGACUAAGCAGCAAAUGAUGGAGCAAAUCGGCAAGCUACCCGAUGCAGUCGUUGCUUGUGUCGGUGGUGGCAGCAACGCCGUCGGCAUGUUCUACCCCUUCUCCAAGGACACCAGCGUCAAGCUCCUGGGUGUCGAAGCUGGAGGUGACGGUGUCGACACUGACAGACACUCCGCCACCCUCUCUGGCGGUAGCAAGGGCGUGUUGCACGGUGUCCGCACCUACGUUUUGCAGGACGAGCACGGCCAAAUCUCCGAGACCCACUCUAUCUCCGCCGGUCUCGACUACCCCGGUGUCGGCCCGGAACUGAGCAACUGGAAGGACAGCGACCGCGCCCAGUUCAUCGCCGCCACCGACGCCCAAGCCCUCGCCGGCUUCCGCGCCCUCGCCCAAUAUGAGGGUAUCAUCCCUGCCCUGGAAUCCUCUCACGCCAUCCACGGCGCCAUGGAACUCGCCAAGACCAUGAAGAAGGGCGAGAACAUCGUCCUCAACCUCAGCGGCAGAGGUGACAAGGAUGUCCAGAGCGUUGCCGAUGAACUUCCCCGCCUGGGUCCCAAGAUCGGCUGGGAUCUGCGUUUCUAA